AAGAUUAGGAAAGAAUCUAAAAUUAAGCUUAAGUUAUCGAAAGAGCUCCUUGAAUGCGAAAAAGAGUUAGACUCCUUGUCUCAAUGAAGGAAUACGAUGAAGAAAAAAUGGUAGAGAGCAAAGCUAAUACUUUGGAAGCCUUUAAAAAAGAGAAAAUAGAAGAAGAACUUGAAGAAAUCAUACUUAAACAAAAGGGGAAAUUGAGAAGGAAGCAACAGCUUGCUUUGUCGGCUUUAUUGAAGAGGAUUCAGAGGGAUAGGAAUGAACAACUCAAGCAUCGUCAAAUGGAUUCUCAGAGAUUGAUUCAGAGGAAUAAAAAUUCAUUUCUUGAUCUCCUUAAGAAGCAAAAUAUGGAGAUUAGAAGUACAACACAGUUUUUAAAUUUUACUUUAGGAACUAGAUCUCCUGCAAACCCGAAUUACUCAAAGCCGAAGCAUUAUGUCGACCCUAAUGACGCUAAAUUGAAUUUCCCAAAGAACAAGACUCCAUACUACGAUCCUGUAUCGAAAACAGUAAAGGUUCCAGGGAAGGAUACCAAAGUUGGUAACAGUAGGAAGUCAAAGGCAGGGAAUAAAAAGAAGAAGGGGAAGUUUAAGGAAUCACAAGAAAAAUUCACCAACCCUCAGCCCAUUACCAAUGAAUAAGACAUUGUAGUUCCUCCUGUGGAAGGGCAAGGAUAUUGCUAUUAUCCUGUUAACCUAUUUUUAGCAAUCAAU